AUGAACAAGAAGAGAGCAGGCCGGGGGGCGAGAGGCCGUCUUCUUAUCCUCCUCAGCCAAGAGAAAGGAUUGGCGAUGGCCGUGUCCCAGGGAUGGCUUGGAGAUGGGCCACUCAGCCCACUGGCGGGUCGGGGCCCAUGUUGCGACGGGACGGCGAGAGCGCAAGAGGCGAUUCUGAAACGACGUGUAGAAACACGCGCGCGUGGGCAAGCUUUCUCCACGUCACGUAGCGUCCCGCCGUAUGUGGAUGCGGAUGAUGUGGAUGUGGAGGUUGCGAUUUGCAAGUGGAUCGCCGUGGUUGUUGAGGCCUCUGCCUCCGACUGCUUGCCCGAUUCGGCUUGCCAUUCGCCGACCGAAAAUCCACACUGUACGCUCGCCUGCACCCUAAGCGCGGGAGGUGGCCAGUGCGGACUCCCCCUGCGCGUGUCUCCCACACGAUACAUGACGGCAAUGCAGGCUGCCGGGGUCCGGUCGGGGGUCUUCUCUGCCUAG